AUGCGCUGGCUUCCUUCCGCCUCCGCAACCGUUUCCGACAAGGUCAAACUGGACGACCUGAGGCACCGUCGCGCUGGCAGAGGUCUGGUCGCCGUGCAGGACAUCCAGGAGGGUGAGGUGCUCUUCGCCAUCCCCCGCUCCGCAGUCCUCAGCGCCGCCAACUCCUCCCUGUCCACCACCCUGCCCCAGAUCUUUGAGGAACUGGACCCGUGGGGCUCGCUCAUUGUCACCAUGAUCUACGAGUAUUUGCGCGGCGAUGCUUCGCCGUGGAAGCCGUACUUCGACGUCCUCCCCACCGACUUCGACACCUUGAUGUUCUGGUCCGACGACGAGCUGGCCGAGCUGCAAGCAAGCGCUGUGCUGCAGAAGAUCGGCAAGGAUUCGGCCAACGAGCUGUUCAACGGCACCGUCAUCCCCCUCCUUCGCCGCCAUGCCGACGUCUUUUUCCCUGACCCGGCCUCCGCCCAAGGGGUCACUGAAGACCAGCUCUUGGCGCUAGCCCACCGCAUGGGCAGCACCAUCAUGGCUUACGCCUUCGACAUUGAGCCCGACCAAGCCACCAAGGAGGUUGAUGAGGAAGGUUACGCCUCGGAAGAGGAGGACGAGGCCCUGCCUAAGGGCAUGGUGCCCCUUGCCGACAUGCUCAAUGCUGACGCCGACCGCAACAACGCACGCCUGCACUACGGCCCAGACGUCUUGACCAUGGAGGCAAUCGCUGACAUUAAGGCUGGAGACGAAAUCUUCAACGACUACGGCCCAUUGCCACGAAGCGACCUGGUGCGCCGUUACGGCUACUGCACUCCUUUUUACGAGCAGUAUGACGUUGUCGAGAUCCCAACCGACCUCAUCGUCGAGUCCUUCAAGGGUGUGACCUCCGAUCAGGAGAUCGAGGAAAAGCUUGCCUACCUGGAGGACCAAGACCUGUUGGAGACCGGCUACGACAUUGGUCGCAACCCCGAAGAAGACCCCGCGGCUGUCGUGAGCCCGGAGUUGGGCCUCCUGCUCGCCACGCUCUACCUCCCGCACGCAGACUUCCAGCGCAUGCAGAAGAAGGGCAAAUUCCCCAAGCCGGACCUUACGCCGCAGAUGGCUGCUCUGAUGCAGCAAGUCGUCGCCAAGCGCAUUGCCCAGUAUCCCACCUCCCUUGCCGAGGAUAUGCAACGCGUGUCUUCUGGUACCGACCUGGGCAACGCCAGGAAGGCUAUGGCCUGUGCGGUGCGCAUUGGGGAGAAAGAGAUCCUGGAAUCUGCCGCAAAACUUCUGACAAAGCUCGCAUCUGAUUCGUCCAAGAGAGAUGGCGACGACGUCGGUGAGGGCUCGUCGAACAAGAGAAGGAGAGUCGCCUAA